CAUAAGAAAGUGUGCGAAGAAUUGAAGCCCGGCAAGAGCGUACGUUGAAAUAAAAGCUGAUUGUAUUUUAUGCAAAUUCUUUUGCAGUUGUAGCCAACUACUCGGACGGUGAAGUCGACGCAGCAGCGGCAUCAUUAAAAACAAUAGCACAAGUCUAUUAUAAAUCACAGAUCAGACUUGACGUCACCAUCAACGGAUCUCCAAGCACACACACACAAUGAUACUGCGGAACACCAUUGCUGGGCAGCUGGUGCUGCUGCUGUUGAUCUAUGGCCGUCACACGCUGUUAUCAAGCGCCAAGACAGUUGCCAACGAGCAGAUGUCUUUGGCAUUGCCCGAGCCGCGCGCCUAUCUGCCCGAUGCCCAGAAUCUGGACUUUGUUUACCACGACCAUGAGGAGCUGACGCGCUUCUUGAGGGCGACAAGCGCGCGCUAUCCCAAUCUGACGGCGCUCUACUCCAUUGGCAAGUCCAUUCAGGGUCGAGAUCUGUGGGUGAUGGUGGUCAGCUCGUCGCCGUACGAGCAUAUGGUGGGCAAGCCCGAUGUCAAAUACGUCGGCAAUAUACAUGGCAACGAGCCCGUGGGCCGGGAGAUGCUUUUGCAUCUGAUUCAGUAUUUUGUGAGCAGCUACAACACGGAUCAGUACGUCAAAUGGCUGCUGGAUAACACCCGCAUACACAUAUUGCCCACCAUGAAUCCCGAUGGCUAUGCGGUAUCCAAGGAGGGCACCUGUGACGGCGGCCAGGGACGCUAUAAUGCGCGUGGCUUUGACUUGAAUCGCAACUUCCCAGAUUACUUCAAGCAGAACAACAAACGCGGACAGCCGGAGACGGAUGCAGUCAAGGAUUGGAUAUCCAAGAUACAGUUUGUGCUCAGCGGCAGCCUGCAUGGCGGCGCCUUGGUCGCCAGCUACCCCUAUGAUAAUACGCCCAACUCCAGGAUCUGCCGUUCGUCCGCCCUGUGCGCGAUGUUCCAGACCUAUUCGGCAGCGCCGUCGCUGACGCCCGACGACGAUGUCUUUAAGCAUCUUUCCCUGGUCUAUGCUCGCAACCAUGCCAAGAUGUCGAGGGGCGUGGCAUGCAAGUCAGCAACGCCAGCCUUUGAGAAUGGCAUCACAAAUGGUGCCGCCUGGUAUCCACUGACCGGUGGCAUGCAGGAUUUCAAUUAUGUGUGGUAUGGCUGCAUGGAGAUAACGCUGGAGAUCUCUUGCUGCAAGUUUCCGCCGGCCUAUGAGCUCAAGAAAUACUGGGAGGACAAUCAAUUGUCGCUUAUCAAAUUUCUGGCCGAGGCUCAUCGUGGCGUGCAGGGCUUUGUCUUCGAUCCAGCGGGCAUGCCCAUCGAGCGUGCCUCCAUCAAGAUCAAGGGACGCGACGUUGGCUUCCAGACGACCAAGUACGGUGAAUUUUGGCGCAUACUACUGCCGGGCUACUACAAGGCCGAGGUCUUUGCCGAGGGCUAUGCGCCCCGCGAAGUGGAAUUCGUCAUUGUCGAGCAGCAUCCCACGCUGCUCAAUGUCACGCUGCAGGCCUCCAAGUAUAUUGUUGGCUCCAUUGGCAAUGCCGCCGCACGUAAACCCAAAAAGGAGCGUAAGCAACGACAUCUCCUCAAUGAUGAGCUCCCAAUGCCCAAUGAAUAAGAGCGAAGAAGCUACGACCAUAGCUAUGCAUAUGGCUAUGGCAAUGGCAAUGGCAAUCCCCGUGUCUGUAAAUAUUCGCAGAGUGCUUUAGGCUUACGACCUGCCACUGAUCCACUGGUCCAAAAAUAUAGCUAUAGAAUCCCGCUAGUGGGCAAGAGAUGAAUGCAUUGCACUUGAAAGAUAUAUACAAACGAUUAUAGAACAAAUUGAAUUUCUUGAGCAAAAAGCGUAGGAUUAACUCGUAACACUAGCCAAAUUAACAAAACAAAAACAAAAUAAAAUUACCU